GUCACCGCGGAUAUCAUCUCCAUGUCCGCCCCCAGACCACAUCUCGAGUCUACGGUGAGGGUCGCCAGCGGCUCGGAUCCCUUCACCCUUGAGCCGUGUAUUGAAGACAUGCUCGAGACGCAGCACUGUACACCUGGAUCCGUCCUGCAAGUAGAAGGCAUAGACGAAGUCAACCCAAUAUCGCCUCGCUACCGUGCGGUGCGGCUGCUGUUAGGAGAUGGAGAGCUCUGCAUCCAGGCCUUGGCUGUGCCGGAGAUGCAUCACGUGGUGAAUAGCAGACGAUUUCACCUCGGCUGCUAUGUCCGUCUGGACUGGUUCGAGCUACGUUUUAUUCCGAUUCGUCCUAUUCCUAUAAUUGAAGGCCUAGAUUCAGACCUAGGCCUAGGAGACUACCUUGAGCAAGAAGCGGGUGAAAGGAAGGACGACGAUUACGACGACGACGACGAGGAGCAGGAGGAGGAGCAGGAGGGGGAGCAGGAAGAAGUCUUUUUGAUCGUUCGAGAUAUGAGCGUCGUCGGCUGGGAUCCUGCCUGCGUGCAAAUGACGGCAGAGUCCAGGCGGCAGACCAUCCAGCCUCUUGCUCAAAGGAAGCCGCUGGUGGUGUUCAACCCCCAAGUAGAGGCCAUUGAACGAGCACGAGACGACAAGGACUCUCCGCCGACGUCCACGACACAGCGUCCACUAGCUCUUAGGGAGGGAACAACAGCAGAGCACAUCAACAGCAGCAAACCCCUCAAACUGACACCGCUCAGGUCCAUCCCGAACCUGCCGUACAAGCAGAACUGGGUAGUCAAUGUCCUCGCCGUCGUGACCUCACUCUCGGGGGUCGAGCUGGCCAUCCUGCCUCCCAACAAGCAGCCGUUCAAGCAGCGCACGGCGCGGCUCGCAGACCCGUCGACGAGCAAACAGGUGCUCCUGACAGUAUUUCUCGACCCGGAGGCAUUCACGCCUGCCGUGGGGAGUGUAGUCCUGUUGCUUGCGGUCAAGAACCAUAGAUUCGACGGCGGCAGCUUGAAGAAGUACGGGAAUGAGGUUGUCAAGGAUAGGUCCACGUGGUGGGUUGAGAAUCCACAAGAUAUUGAAGGGUGCGAUGUUGAUGGUUUGGCAAGAUGGUGGGCUGAGAAGUCCUCGAAAGGUUUCGUGAGGCUCCUGGGCGCUGAGUAG